UUGUGUUAUACAUUGAGAUCUUGAAUGUAAGUCAAUAAUGGCCUAUGUUGUCACUGUUGCUUUUUGAGAUAGCUUUAUAUUUGAUAAGGUGUUGCGUCAGUGACCUUAUCAGUCUUAAAACACACUAUGCUGGUUUUGCUUUCUCACAGUGACGUGUUUGAAAUGCUUCUCCAAACCACGCUCAGUGGGAUGUUGUACAGGCGGUUGGGUUCUGCUUGAUCUGCCGUGUCACGACAUGCCCACUGUCUGUCAGUCAGUCAGGCAGGCCUUCUAACUAGCUGUCGGGUGUGAGACCUGUGUAGGAGGAUCGCUCGGGCAGGUGAGUCAUGUCGUUCUGCAGGUGACAGGGGGGGUAGGUGCCUGCAGGUAUCUACAUGCAUAUGAAUGUGUCGCGGGAAGUGACGGGCCGGAGGUGAGACAGAGGUUUCAGUUGGACUUUGAAGAUGAAUCUGUACCGUAGCUUUGGGAACCUUAUGGAGUCCUAUGUGAGCGAUGGGAUGCCCUUCUCCUCUUCGGACGGGCAGAUGCCGUCGUGGACCGUUUCCUCGGACACUACAACACCUGCGUCCACGCCGGCGUCCACCCCGGACAUGGGGGUCAACCUGAGGUCCACAUCGGAGGACUCUGGAUUCGAAAUAACGCCCACUUCCUUAGACUCUUCUAUGUCGUCGGCUGGCCACCCAGAACCCGUCCCUGUGUCCGUGGCGAUGGACGGAGGGGAGCGAGGCCUGACCCCGGGCUCCGCUCUGACCCCGGGCUCCGUUCUGACCCCUGCCCUGCGCUCCUCCGCACGCUCCUUGUUCUCCGCCUCCUCGCUCUACCUCCCGGGGUCGGAUGCUGAUCUUGCCCCCGUGACCCGGGACAGAUCCAAGAGCCUGCAGCACAAGGUGGAGCAGGCCCUUCUGAAGCUCAACCCGGGCCGGCGCAAAACCAGGGACGGCUCCAGUCCGGAUCCAAACGCAGCGGCGGCACAGCGACGCGUGCCCAGGAAAACGAUGUCUCUGUCGAGACGCCCCAGCGGCCUGCACAUCGUGCGGUCGGAGAGCGUCAGCGAGGUGGGCAGACCCGUCCACCUGUCGCUGCGUCAGGCCGGGCGUCAGAGACAGAGACGACCCGCGUCGCUCUACCAUGACAUGAGGCUGGCAGAGACCCCCAUAGAGGAGGUGAACGAGGAGGCCCGGGACGCCCUGGGUCCUGGGCUGAGCUACCUGGAGCAGGUAUGCCAGAUGUGGGAGCAGAUCGCUCGGCUACAGAUCAACAACCGCAGGUUAAACUUGGAAAUGGACGUGCUGAAGGACCACCGGGACACACAGCCGGAGUCUCGCCUGUGCAGCUGUGAAACUGUUCUGGAGAACCAACACAACAUUCACCGCUCACAUCUGGCUGAGUUUGAGCGUGUGUCUGAUGAGUUACGGUGGCAGCGGUCCAACACUGACGAUGAAUCCAGCAGCACGUCGCCAUCGGAGACAGAAAGGCUCACAAGAAAUUUAGGUAGUUUGAAAACACACACUAGAGGGCAGCCUGAGAGUGAAACACAGCCGGCGGGACCAGCAGACGGGGGUCAGAACCACCAGGCAAAGCAGAGAGGAAGGGCGUGGCUGUUCAGAAUGGCUCCAUCCAGAAAAGCAGCGAGCGUCGACUCGGACGGCAGUCUUCAAGGCCGUCCGUCCGAGGGCAGGAAGAAGACGAGCCAUCGCCUCAGCCUGCUUCGCCGUGGCAACAAGAAGACCCUGUGACCUGAAUGAUUCAUGAUGUUCUCUUCUCUUCCUCCUCCUCCUCCUCCUCCUCCUCUUCCACCGCCUCCCUCUGCCCCUCCUCCUCCUGCUCCUCUUCCAUUUCUUCCAUUUCCUCCCUCUGUCCCACUUCCCUCCUCCUCCACCACCUCCUCCUCCUGCUCCUUCUCCUUUUCACCUCCUCCUCCAUUUCAUCAUUCAAUCCCUCAAUCCUCCCUCCCUCCACCUCCUCCCUCCUCCUCCUCCUCCUUCCUCCUCCUCCCUCUGUUCCACCUCCUCCCUUCUCCUCCUCCUCCUCCUCCUCCCUCUGUUCCACCUCCUCCCUUCUCCUCCUCCUCCUCCUCCUCCCUCUGUUCCACC